AUGAAUGGUACGGAAGGAGAGAAUUUUUAUGUCCCAUUAUCCAACAAGACUGGGGUAGUUCGUAGUCCUUAUGAAUACCCUCAGUAUUACCUGGCUGAACCCUGGCAAUUCUCCAUCAUUGCUGCCUACGUAUUUCUACUGAUAGGCAUUGGACUACCAAUAAAUGGUUUGACGCUGGUGGUCACUUUCAAUCACAAGAAAUUAAGGCAUCCCCUUAAUUAUAUUUUAGUGAACCUUUCGGUGGCCAAUUUGUUCAUGGUUCUCAUUGGGUUUGUAGUGACUUUUUACACAUCCCUACAUGGUUACUUUGUCAUGGGACCCAUUGGCUGUGCGGUGGAAGGCUUCUUUGCAACUCUUGGUGGCGAAGUCGCUCUUUGGUCCUUGGUAGUUUUGGCUAUAGAACGGUACAUAGUGGUGUGCAAGCCGAUGGGGAAUUUCAGGUUUGGAAAUAACCAUGCUCUGAUAGGGAUUGCAGUCACUUGGGUCCUGGGUCUAGCUGCCGCUAGCCCUCCUCUGGUUGGUUGGUCCAGGUACAUCCCAGAAGGAUAUCAAUGCUCAUGCGGUCCAGAUUACUACACCAGGAAUCCACAUUACAACAAUGAAUCUUAUGUAAUAUAUCUGUUUCUCUUUUAUUUUAUUGUUCCGGUUAUCCUCAUAUUUUUUUCUUAUGGAAAUUUGAUAUGUAAAGUAAAGGAGGCUGCAGCACAGCAACAGGAAUCUGCCACGACACAGAAAGCUGAGAAGGAAGUCACCCGCAUGGUGAUCUUAAUGGUCAUCGGUUUUCUUACUGCCUGGUUACCAUAUGCCACAGUAGCAGCCUGGAUCUUUCUGAAUCAGGGAGCAGAAUUUUCUGCUGGAUUUAUGACACUCCCCGCAUUCUUCUCCAAAAGUUCAGUAAUAUAUAAUCCAGUCAUCUACGUGCUAAUGAACAAGCAGUUCCGGAGUUGUAUGCUCACCACCCUGUGCUGUGGAAAAAAUCCAUUGGGAGACGAUGACUCUACAGUGUCUUCUCAAAGCAAGACAGAGGUUUCUUCAGUGUCAUCAAAUCAGGUUAACCCAGCAUAG